UAAAAAAUAUUUAAUAAAAAAAAUGUCAACAUUAAGUAGAAAGCAAGAAGAUAUGUUAAGACUUUUGGCAUCAAAAUGUCAUUUAGGUACAACAAACCUAAACAACUAAAUGAAAAGAUAUAUUUCACAUAAAUCUGCUAAUGGAAUACAUAUAAUAAAUAUAGAAGAAACAUGGUAGAAAAUUAAGCUAGCCGCAAGACUUAUUGCUGCUGUAGGACAUUAAUCUGAUGUUAUGGUAGUAUGUUCCAGAAUUUAUGGAUAAAGAGCUGCUAUUAAAUUCUCUGGAUAUGUAUAAUGCAAAUCAACAUCAUCUUCUAGAUGGACACCAGGUACUUUAACUAAUUAUUAAACUUUGAAGUAUGAAGAACCAAGAGUUCUUAUUGUUACUGAUCCCAGAAGUGAUUAUUAAGCUAUUUAAGAAGCUAGUUAUGUCGGUAUUCCAGUUAUUGGUUUAUGUGAUAGUGAUUCACCAUUGCAUUAUGUUGAUGUUGCUAUUCCUUGUAAUAAUAGAUCAACUGAAUCUAUUUCUAUGAUCUAUUGGUUACUUGCUAGAGAAGUUAAAAUUUUAAGAGGAGAAUUAGAUAAGAAUUAAUAAUGGGAAGUUAUGGUUGAUUUGUUUUAUCAUAAGACUUUAAUUAAUACUGCUGAUUUAAAGACUGAAGGUUAAGAUAUAGAAGGAGCUGAAAAAAUAGAAGAAGUUUAAGAAGUUUAAACUGAAUAAGCUGUUGAAGGUUUCUGAGAUAUUUAUUUGUAAUAUUUUGAUUUUUUAUAAAAUACAUUUUUUUUAGUUAUAAAAUUACAUUUUUUUAUAGUAAAAUUUGUUAUUUAAAUAAAGAGAUUGUUUUUAAUUUUUUUU